AUGAUAACAGUAACCGCCUGCAGCAGCAACCAAGAGCAUCGCGCUUUCCAACCCCACAUCGUCGAGCCAACGCAACAAGCCUUGAACAUGUACAAACAAUCGAUUGUCGUGCUUUCGUGCGCCCUGGCACUGGCCUUUGCCGCACCACCGUCCUCGCUGGCCAAACGCUCACCGGCCGGUGGUCCCGAUGCGGAAGCGACCGUCGUGGCGCAGGACCAGAUCAUCAACGAAGGUGGCUCGUACGCGUACAACUACGAGACGAGCAACGGCAUCAAGGCGCGCCAGACGAGCGAUAAUGGAGUCACGGCGAACGGCGAGUACUCGUUUGUAGGACCGGACGGUGCUUCCUACUCGGUCGUGUACGUCGCCGACGAGAACGGAUUCCAGCCGCAGGGUGCUCACCUGCCGACCGAGCCGCCAGCACCCGAGCACGUUAUCAAGCUACUGGAGGAUCUGCGCGCCAAUCCGCCAUCCGAUCCCGAGUUCAGUUUGGCCUCGCUGGAAGCUACCCUGGCCCGGCUGCGCGCCACCCAGGGCUAA